AUGAAUGCGGUGCAGAAGAUGAAAUAUCUAUCCACCGUUUCUAAGGUUUGCAAGGAAAUGGAUAGCCGUUUGGGAUUUAGUGAUAAGUCGGUGGCAGAGUUUUUGAUACAUAUUGCGAUGAGUAGUGAUACGCCUGAGGAGUUCUUCACCUCCCUUACCAAACAAGACGUGCCGAUCGAUAACGCAUUUUCGGAACAAUUAUAUCACACAAUUCACCUUCUCUACCCCAAAAGUCAAGCUGAUCGUGAAAACGAACGUUCUGGAAAGAACGACUCUUCUGUUCAAGUUACUGGAAGUGAUGCCGUAUCUUCAAAAAUUGGUCAACAUUCCAAAGCAGCGACAAGUGAUUCACGAUCAGAGUUCGAUUUUGAAAAAUCAAUUCAAUGUAGAAAAUACUCUUCACAUCGAGGUUAUUCCAGAGAUCGUUCUCGAAGUCGGUCUUCUUCGAGAAGUCAUCGUUCUCACCACCAUUCUCACCGAAGUCGCUCUCGCUCUCGCUCUCGCUCACGUUCUCGUUCUCGCUCUCGCAGCCAUUCUCGCUCCCACACGCAUCAUUCUCACAGUUCCAGGCCAACUCGCGAGGUGGUGAUGGGCGAAAUCUACGAUGGUGAAGUGCGGUCCAUCAUGGAUUACGGUGCAUUCAUCGAGCUUCUGGACGUUUCUCCCCGCCAGGACGGUCUCUGCCACAUCAGCUGCAUCGCUCACGAGCGAAUCCGCCAUCCCAGCGACGUUCUGCGCGUGAAUCAACGCGUCAAAGUCAAAGUCACACAGAUCAAAGGCACCAAAAUCGGUCUUUCGAUGAAGGACAUCGACCAGCAGACCGGCGAAGACCUCAGCGCCCUCCCCGCCUCUUCCUCAUUCUCUCCCGUUCGCAGCGCAGGCGGGAACCAAUCGCCUCCGCGCCGUCGCCGUCGCAUGAACUCGAUGGACUUGUUCGACAUGCAGCAGCUUCUGGCUUCUGGCGUGCUGACGCCGGAGGAGCGAAAGCGAAUGAUGGCGGACUUUGAGCAGGAAGAAGGCGACGCGGUGGAGCUGCAGCCGGAGGAAGCCGUGGAUAUCGAAGUGCAGGAGAAGAUCGCGCCGUUCUUGACGGGGUUCGUAACGAAUAAGGAAGCGAUGGAGCCCACCAAGAUCAUAAAGAACCCCGAGGGCACGAUGAAUCGAGCGGCCAUCGCGGGCCAGGAAAUGAUGAAAGAGCGAAAACUCCUCCGCGAGCGGCAGAUGCGCGAAGAGCGCGAGAAGCUCCCCGAUAAUUUCUCGUCCUCGUUCGCAGAUCCCAUGCCGGAAGGCGGCAUCCAUCUGCUUUCUUCGGAGGUUCGCUCGCUGAAUCUGAGCGCGCUUUCCUCUGCCUCCGCACCUACGACUUCCUACCAGCCGAAGAUCAGCACGGUCCCGCGCAGCUCGCUGUCGAUCCAAGAGCAGCGCAGACGUCUCCCUGUCUACGCGAUGCGCGACGUGCUAAUCAAGGCGAUCCGCGAGAACAGCAUUCUGAUCAUCGUGGGCGAAACGGGAAGCGGAAAAACCACACAACUGACGCAGUACAUCGUCGAAGCAGGGAUCAACGGCCACAAAAUGGUGGGCUGCACACAGCCUCGAAGAGUUGCAGCCACGUCCGUCGCUGCGCGUGUUGCGGUGGAGUUUGGCUGCAAGCUGGGAGAGGAAGUCGGCUUCUCGGUGCGAUUUAUGGACCGAACGAGCAGUCGAACGAUCAUAAAGUACAUGACCGACGGAAUGCUCAUGCGCGAAUAUCUGGCCGAUCCGGAUUUGUCGCGCUAUUCCGUGAUUAUCCUCGAUGAGGCACACGAGCGUUCGCUGCACACGGACGUUCUGUUCACGCUCUUGAAGCAGCUCGUCGCGAAACGAAGCGAUUUGAAGGUUCUGAUCACAUCGGCCACAUUGAACGAGGUGAAGUUCUCCGAGUUCUUUAACAAUGCGCCGAUUCUCCACAUCAGCGGUCGCACGUUCCACGUCCAGACGAAAUAUCUCAGCGCCCCCGAGCCGAACUAUCUGGAAUCGGCGCUCCAAACCGUGUGGGACAUCAACAAAGAAGAAGGACCCGGCGACAUUCUGGUGUUCCUCACGGGACAGGAAGAGAUCGAGUUCGCGUGCGAUAUGCUGGAAGAGCGUCAGAGAAAGUGCGCGGAUGAUUCCAUCCCGCCGAUGAUUAUUCUCCCCGCUUUCGGCGCGCAGACCUACGAGCAGCAGCAGCGAAUCUUCGAGCAGACUCCGGAGGGCUGCCGCAAGGUGGUGAUCGCUACGAAUAUCGCGGAGGCCUCUCUUACGAUCGAUGGAAUUUACUACGUCGUCGACAGUGGCUUCUGCAAGCAGUCCGUUUACAACCCCAAAACUGGAAUGGACUCGCUGAUCGUCACGCCCAUCUCGCAAGACUCGGCCAAUCAGCGAGCAGGCCGCGCUGGACGAACGGGUCCUGGAAAAUGCUACCGCUUAUACACGCAGAGCGCGUACCAGAACGAAAUGCUCCCCAGCAGCAUCCCGGAAAUCCAGCGAUCGAACCUGGACAGUACGGUUCUGCAGCUGAAAGCGAUGGGAAUCAACGAUCUAAUCCACUUCGAUCUGAUGGAUCCGCCCUCCACGCAGUCGCUAGUCAACGCCAUGGAGCGGCUCUACAUUCUCGACUGUCUCGAUGACGACGGUUUGCUCACGCCGCUUGGCAGAAAAAUGGCCGAAUUCCCGCUGAAUCCGCAACUAGCCAAGGCAUUGCUCACCAGCGAGGAAUUGGGCUGUUCGUCGGAAGUGCUGACCGUUGUGUCCAUGCUGAGCGCCGAGAACGUGUACAUUCGCCCGAAGGGAAAGCAGGCGCAGGCCGACCAGAAGCACGCGGUUCUGUUCGCUUCGGAGGGCGAUCACAUCACACUGCUGUCGAUCUACAACGCGUGGGAACGGAACGGACGCAGCAAGCGGUGGUGCGAUGACUAUUUCAUUCAGGAACGAUCGAUGAAGCGAGCUGCGGAUGUGCGACAGCAGCUCACGCGAAUUAUGACUCGAUUCAACAUGAAAUUGCUGCAGAGCGAUCACGAUUAUCGAGCCAUUCAGAAGUCCAUUUUAAGCGGUUAUUUCACAAACGUGGCGAAGCGAGACACGGAAGGAUACAAAACGCUGCUCGAAGGGAAUAUUGUCCAUUUGCAUCCCUCGAGCAGUGUGAUUGGUCGCGAGCCGGAAUGGGUUUGCUAUGAUAUCAUCAAGAUGACGUCGCGCGAGUAUAUGAUGAACGUGAUGGCGAUCGAUCCGCGCUGGCUUCCUGAAAUCGCUCCCAAGUUCUAUAAACGAUCGGAUGGAAAGCAUCUGUCGAAGGCGAAGAAGGGAGAGAAGCUGCAGGCAAUUUAUAACUACAAGAUGGUGGAUGACGCAUGGAGAAUCAGUAGAAGAAAGGGAUAG